CCCGCGGCCCCGCGGCGCGGGCCCCGCCGCCGCAGCAGCGCAGCCGCUCUGAGUGCCUCUGGAUGGAAGAGCACGGCGUGGCGCAGGCGGAGCACAUGGCCACCAUCGAGGCGCACGCCGUGGCCCAGCAGGUGCAGCAGGUGCACGUGGCCACCUACACGGAGCACGGCAUGCUGAGCGCCGACGAGGACUCGCCCUCCUCGCCCGAGGACACGUCCUACGACGACUCCGACAUCCUCAACUCCACGGCCGCCGACGAGGUCACGGCUCACCUGGCGGCCGCGGGCCCUGUCGGGAUGGCAGCAGCCGCUGCCGUGGCAACGGGGAAGAAACGGAAGCGACCACACGUCUUUGAGUCCAACCCAUCCAUCAGGAAGAGGCAGCAGACACGUUUGCUCAGGAAGCUCCGAGCCACGCUGGAUGAGUACACCACCAGGGUGGGGCAGCAGGCCAUCGUGCUCUGCAUCUCACCCUCCAAACCCAACCCCGUCUUCAAAGUGUUCGGGGCCGCGCCCUUGGAGAACGUGGUCCGCAAGUACAAGAGCACCAUCCUGGAGGACCUGGAGUCGGCGCUGGCGGAACACGCGCCUGCGCCUCAGGAGGUCAACUCCGAGCUGCCCCCCCUGACCAUCGACGGCAUCCCCGUGUCCGUGGACAAGAUGACCCAGGCACAGCUGAGAGCCUUCAUCCCUGAGAUGCUGAAGUAUUCCACGGGCCGUGGGAAGCCAGGCUGGGGCAAGGAGAGCUGCAAACCCAUCUGGUGGCCCGAGGACAUUCCCUGGGCCAACGUCCGCAGCGACGUCCGCACGGAGGAGCAGAAGCAGCGGGUGUCUUGGACCCAGGCCCUGAGGACCAUCGUGAAGAACUGCUACAAGCAGCACGGGCGCGAGGACCUGCUCUACGCCUUCGAGGACCAGCAGACCCCCCAGACCACGACCACGCACAGCAUCGCCCACCUGGUGCCCUCCCAGACCGUGGUACAGACCUUCAGCAACCCCGAUGGCACCGUGUCCCUCAUCCAGGUUGGCACCGGCGCCACGGUGGCCACGCUGGCCGACGCCUCCGAGCUGCCCACCACGGUCACCGUGGCACAAGUGAACUACUCCGCGGUGGCCGACGGAGAGGUGGAGCAGAACUGGGCGACGCUACAGGGGGGUGAGAUGACCAUCCAGACGACGCAGGCGUCGGAGGCCACGCAGGCGGUGGCAUCGCUGGCAGAGGCAGCCGUGGCAGCGUCCCAGGAGAUGCAGCAGGGAGCCACUGUCACCAUGGCACUCAACAGUGAAGCUGCUGCCCACGCCGUGGCCACGCUGGCCGAAGCCACUCUCCAAGGGGGGGGACAGAUUGUCCUGUCUGGAGAAACUGCGGCGGCGGUCGGGGCCCUCACCGGCGUGCAGGAUGCCAAUGGGAAGGUGGAGCCAAAUGAGUCGCUAGCAGCUUGGCAAAGUGCAGAUCAGCUUGCUUGCGCCGAGGAGGACAGGAAGGAAAGAGUCAAGCUUGUUGUAGGGCCUUCCUGGUGGGAACAGAAUUUUUUAAUGAAGGUUUACCCUGAAACAGGCAUCCUAACAGCAGACUGCUCAGGUUGCAAGUGGAGCCUGGCAGAGUGUCCCUCAGGGCUCGUGCAGAUCCCGGUGAGCAUGUACCAGACCGUGGUGACCAGCCUGGCCCAGGGCAACGGCCCCGUGCAGGUGGCGAUGGCGCCGGUGACCACGAGGAUAGCGGACACGGCCGUCACCAUGGACGGGCAGGCGGUGGAGGUGGUCACCUUGGACCAGUGACCCGCUGGAGGUGGUCGCCUCGGACCAGCGACCCGCCCGCAGCGGGACCCGCAGGAAUUUAUCUCCUCCCCCCCCUCUUCGCCUCUCUCUCUCUUUUACUUUUACGACUCUCGGCAAAGAUUUUUUUACUCCUCUCUCCAGAGAGAUGCAAUCAGGUGGCUGUUCGGAGUCUCUUCUCCCCACCCCCCCCCCCACGAAGCUUUGGAAGCAUAAAAA